ACGUCGCGAGUGGAAAGCUGCAUGCAUGCACUUUCUAUCUGCUAUUCACCGGUACCGGCGAAAAUUCUAAUUCUGAUCCAAGAUUAGUGCUCUUACGGCAAUUGGCCUUAUUGAUAAUCUAUUGGUCAAGUUAAAUUCCAGUCUACUCUAUUGGAAACAAAAUAUACGAAGAGCCAGUUCAGUCAAGCUUAUCACCUUACUCCUUCAAUCCAACUUAGCAGUCUGCACUAGAGUAAUUAAACAGAGUAUCACCCAUCCCAGUAGGUCAAACAUCUACCAGGAGAAAUGGAGAACGGAUUCCACAAGAAGCCCAGAUGGGAUACGAGAGCGUCCGAAGCAUCGCUGCGUACCAUUAAUCCUAUCCGUGGUAUCGUCGAUGGAAUGAAACUAGAGCCUAAUCCAGAUAAAGAUAUCAUCGCUCUAUCCAUCGGUGAUCCAACCAAGUUUGGAAAUCUUGAUCCGAGUGAAGAUGUAGUGGAUGCUGUAAAUGUAUCUCUCAAAUCAGGGAAGAGCAAUGGAUACAGUCCUUCUGUUGGUUUUGUUGACGCUCGUGCUGCAGUUGCCAAGAAAUACUCCCAUCCGGAUGCUCCUCUCACUUCAGAGGAUGUGAUUCUUACGUGUGGAUGUUCCGGAGCUCUAGACCUGGCUAUUGGAGUCUUGGCUGAUGCGGGUCAGAACAUUCUGGUCCCAAGACCUGGCUUUGCUCUGUACGCGACCCUCGCUGGAAGCUAUGACAUUGAGUACAGAUUCUAUGAGCUGAUGCCAUGUAAGUCAUGGGAGGUUGAUCUAGAGAACCUAGAAUCACAGAUUGAUGAGAAGACAGCUUGUAUCAUAGUGAACAACCCAUCUAAUCCAUGUGGAUCGGUCUUCUCCAAGGAACACAUUCAAGACAUCAUCAAAAUUGCAUCGAAGCAUCAUCUUCCUAUUGUAUCUGAUGAGGUGUAUGCUGAUAUGGUAUUCUCUGGCAGUACCUUCUACUCCGUGGCGUCAUUAGCCUCCAAUGUACCUGUGCUUACAUGUGGUGGGCUGGCCAAAAGAUAUCUGGCUCCAGGAUGGCGACUUGGUUGGAUACUUAUUCAUGAUCCAGUCGGGGCAUUUGAAGAAGAAGUUCGGCUGGGUCUGUUCCGAUUGUCCACCAAGAUUCUUGGACCGUGCACCCUGAUACAGAGCGCCCUUCCAGCUAUACUUGAGAAAACCUCAAACAGCUUUCAUGAGAACACCAUGGAUAUCUUGAAGACCAAUGCAGAAAUCUGCUUCAAAUUCUUGGACGCAACACCGGGCCUCAAACCCAUUAUGCCCAAAGGAUCUAUGUAUAUCAUGUGUGGAAUAGAGAUUGAUAAGUUCCAUGGUUUUAUGGAUGAUAUGGAGUUUGUUCAGUGUCUGAUGUCGGAGGAAUCUGUUUUUUGCCUUCCAGGAAAGUGUUUUGAGUAUCCCAACUACUUCCGUGUGGUGCUGUGUGUGCCAGAGGAGAAGACCUCGGAAGCUUGUAAGCGUAUCAAAGAGUUCUGUACCCGCCACUAUAGGGGUGGACUCAUCAACACGGUGGAGGAGACAUGAAGGAAUCAAUAUACACUGCAGCUGAUCAGAUCAAGAAUAAUUCAUCAUGAUGUAUUAAUACCAAAGGAGUAUAAGUAGAUGAUUAUUCAGUUUGAAAGCAAUAUAUAUACAAAUAGUAUUCUACAUCUGUAUAUAAAUUGGUCUUUAUGCCGGGCACUUACUUUCGUAAUGUUGAAUAGUUUUUUUGACUGAUUGUAGUCACAAGAAUUCUUAUACGUAUCUUUUCAUGAUAUGCUAUGAGUACUGUUGAAGUUCGGUAAAUAUAUAAUCAGACUUUCAUUCAAAGUUUAAAGUACUUGCAGGCUUUGAAGAAGCAAACGUAUUCACGUCAGACAAAGUUCAUAUCCAAACAUUGGUAAACUGAACUGGGUAAUUUACUCAUAGCAUGUCAUUAACAUUGUUCAAGAUCCUUGUUAUAAAAAACAUACAGUAAUAUGUUUAAUGUUACAAAAGUUAGUGCUUGUAAAAGUGACAUGCAUUUACAUUUGUAUGAAGCCAAGUACUAGUACAGAGCAUGUUACUAUGUUUAUGUGGAAAAGUUUUGUGCAAUAUGAAGUUUCUAUGAAUAUGAAGGUGAAUUUCAAGUGGUUGGGUAUUACCGGUAAGUAGGGUCUCCAUGUAAAAGGUUUAGUUUAAAACACACUAUAAAAAAAAAAUUCAGAAGAUUUAAAGAGAAUAUUUUACUACACUACUACAUAGUACUUUUUGUAAUUCUGUGCACCAUUUUCUGGCAAAUUUAACCCUGCUGUUGAGUUUAAGCUUUGUUUGAAGUCAAGUUUGACAAAUGGAGUUUGAUCAAGGUCUAAGUUUUUCCUUUGUUCAACAUAUGACCCGCUGUCUGGUUCAAUUGAAUUAAUAAAAUACAGACUACCUUUCCUAUUGUUUUGGGUUUACCCAACUUGGAAAUUUAAAGAACACACAAAUAUUUAUUCAUAGCUCAAUCAUUUGCACAAACUUUCACAUAUAUCAUGCAUGUAUAGGUGAAGGGUUGAAUAGAUCCAUGCUCCUUUUUCUAAUUGCAGCAUUCGUAAAUACUAGUGUUUGUUUGACAUAGGAAUGUGGCAUAUCAUUAAGACACAUUUGUAGACAAGGCUGUUUGGUCCUUUUGUCAAAUGUACGGUAAGUGUCAAAACGGCAUCAAGAUUUUCCUUUUCCCUUGUUAGGACAUAUGUCUUGGAAAUAAUAGAGUUUGAGUUGAUGUUGAAGUGUUUAGAUUGCCUCACAAGAAGAAAUGUUAUUUAACAUAGUUUGCUCCUUUGAUGUGAAUGUGUGCUUCCAAGCUGAGUUUGUCGUUGUAAAGAAGCAAUAAAUCAUCCAUGUAGAAUGCACUUAAUAUGUUAUCAAAUUGGCAACUUGUGAGGACAUUAACUUUAAUUGGCAGUAUCGCCUGCCCUAUAUAUAUAUAUAUAUAUAUAUAUAUAUGAUUGAAUUGACAAUGUUUCAAUUGCGUGUUCCAAAUUAUGUGCCUGUUCAGUUUCAGUAUAAUCAAACAAUGAAAUAUUUUACCUAAAACUGUAAAUGUUUAAUGACAGUGAAUUGCAAAUAUUGUGAGUUUAAAACCUGUUGUUGCCUUUUUUGUUGAAUUGCUCUGUGCCAUAGUAUAUUUAUUUAUUUUUGUACAUAAAAGCAAAGUUAUUCAUUUUAAAGAUUUUACGUUUAGAUUGUCUUAUUUGCACUUUUCCUCAAUCAUAUAUUUUAACAAGUGAUACUAUCUUUUAGUUUUGCAGCUGGCAUACACAAUUACACAUACUGAUUUCUAACUGGAAUCACAUUUACCCGAGAUAAAAUUGUCAAAUUUUCCAAACCUGAUGUAUAUUUCCAAGAAGGUUCAAGGGACCAUUUUCAAGGGAACGAGACCAUUUUGAAAGAAAUGAUUUAAGUUUGUCAUGACGGAACAUUUUCAAAAAUUUGAGGGUGACUAUGUGAAGGGUAAAGGAGUAUCUCUUAUUCAUCUAACUUUUGAUUAGAUAAUGUUGAGUGUUAUCUUUCAGACAUUGUAAAGAAAUCUGGUCGUUGAAAUUAGAUUAAAUACAAAAUGAAAAAAAAACUAGAUGAUGUGGUCAUGUAAUGAAUCAGAAUAUACUGUAGUCCAUUGUGUGUGCUAUUGCUAUCUUUCUAGCACUACUAUCCGUUUUUAGAAAUUCAAGCAAUUUUUUGUUACUUGAAUUUCUAAACCAUCUAAAAAUCCUUUGGAAGCUGAAAUGUACUGAUACAAUAUUCUUGUGUAGAAAUUGUUUUGUUUUGCAAAGAUUACAUAAAGAAGAGAUCUAUAUUUGAUAUGAUGUGGAAUAUAAUACGUAUUUCUUUAUGUAACAGAGUUUGUAAACAUUUAUGCCGAAAGCAACUGAAAUGUUUGAAAAUUAAGGUGUGUGUAAAAUUUGAACAGCUAUAUGUUGCUCAGACUCCAAUGCAGCUUGAGUCAUGUUAUGUUGAUGUUUUUGUGCAAGAAUAAUUUGAUCUGAUUUCAUUGAUUCAUGGGUAAAGAAUGCAAUGUCAGGCAAAACAAAAAUAUGUGUGCCUAAUUUAUGCAGAAAUCUAUCUUACUCCUUUUCCUUGUUUGUUAAUGGUGAGAUUUCUUGUUUUAUGAGGAUGAGGGUUAUAUUUUGAAAGCUGAGUUUGUAAUUCCUAUACAGCUGAAAUGUAAUGUUUGUGUAAACUCUGCAUUGUAUCAAUUUGACCUGACUGACGGGUGUUCAUUUCAGAUACUAUUCUGGAAAUUGUUCAAGUUACAAUUAAACAUGUUUUAGUAUUUUCAAGAUUAUUGUUUUUUAACACUGUUUGAUGAGCUUGGUUCUAUAUGUUGAAAGAAUAUAUAUAUAUUUUUUUUUUUCUUUGCUGUAAAUAGUGAUAUAUUUACUCUGCUACAGUUUCGAGGUAUAUGUAGUAGGUCAAUUGUUUCAGCAUUAACAUUGUGUUAUAUAUUAGUAUAGUUUCCCAGAGCUACCAUGUGACAUGAUGUACAUAUGAAAGGCUUAGUUAGUCAUUUUAUAAGGUGAUGGUGUAUAUUUAGUCUUAUUCAAAUACCCCUAAUUCAGAAACUCUUAGUGUGCUUUAUAAAGCAGGGUGUGUGCAAAACUUAUAUACGUCACUCCAUGUAUAAACCUGAUUAUUUAUUUCUUCAUUUAAACAGGAUGUUCUGCAAAAAAUUGCCUACCAAUCGCUUUGUUGUUCAAGCACAACCAUUUUGGUUAACGUACAAGGAGCUAUACCGUAUUGAUGUAAUUUUUUUUUUUUAUCUCUUUUAAGUUAUUUUUGCAGGUUAUAAGUUAAAACUCUUUAAUCUGCAUGGGCUUAUGUUAGAUAUCUUGUUUGUUAACUUAUAGAUGUAAACAUGCUGAUAGUUAAAAGUUCUACUUUUCUUUAGUAAGCCCUAUGGACUAUUCAAAAGCAUCAUUAUUAGAGCAUAAAUCUAAAUAUGAACCCGCUAUCAGUUAAAGCUGUUCAUUUCAAGAUCUGUGUAUUUCAGAAUCCAGAUGUAUUUCUCUGAAAAUGCUCAUUGUGCAAAAGUUUUCCUUUAAGUAGAUCAUACCAUUUUGUCAUUUUCAGUGAGAGUCAAGUGUUUUUGUUUUUUUCCUGAAUGGCUUUACUUUUUAGUUAAUCUAAUAUUCUUCAUCUAUACAUGAAUUUGCAGUGAUUCUUGUGCUAGCAUAAUAUCAAUUCGAAAUAGUAUUCAGCUGAAAUUGUAAGUAGUACAUGUAGGUUGCACUUUUCAAAGUACUCUUGUUGAAAGUCGUAUUAAUGAAGUGUGGUAAAAAUUUUGCUGAAAUCUAAAGAGGUUUAUUCAAUCGAUGGAAAAAAAGAAGAAAAAAAAUCCUCAAACAGAAGAUAAUGUGCAUGAAGAACUGAUCACAUUAUGAAUUAUUCCAAUCCAGGCUUUAAUUGUCAUAUGUAAUAUCCUAUUAAAGCAAACUUUAUUUGAUUUUCAGACUUACCAGUAAUAUUUCCUGAUGUGGAGUAUUCUGAUAUAUUUUUAAUGGAAAAUUGCCUCUUUUUUUCUACUUUGAAAAAAAUUAAAUAGAUUUAAAUGAUGGGGCAUAUAGAAAUUAUUAGAAUUCAAGAUUGUUUGGAAAGGGUAUUUUCCCCCUUGGUAAAGUACAAAGUACAGUCAAACCUGUCUUAGUGGUCCCCUCUCUAUGUAAAGACCACCUGUGUACAGUGGCCAUGCAUUUUUGUUUCCCUCAAGAAAGAGAUAGAAAUGUGUGUUAUAGAACCUUUCUAGAAAGGCCACCUGCCUACAGUGGCCACUUUUCUGUUUCCCUUUUGUGACCUUUGUAGACAGGUUUGACUGUAUGUCCCAGGGCAUUACAAACUCUUAAUUACUCUUGGUUUUCUCUUUUCUGCCUCAUACCUGGAAUAUUGAAGCACUAUUUGAACUUCUAUUUCACUGUCAGUAGUAUUAUAGUUCUGUCCGUUUUCUGAAGUGAAUUGUCGAUAUCUUUACUAUAUAUCAGAUAAUGUGUAAUGUGUGGCAUUAUUAAAUAUCUUGUCUAUCUGUCAAGAAAUGGAAGUUUUAUUCCUGGAAUAAUCAUUUGAAAUAUGUGUUUUCCUUUAGUUUAUCUGAAUAGUUAUUGAUGAACUAAACAUGCUUUAAUUAGUAGCAGAUUCAGGUGCAGACAGCUUCUAGUGGCAUGUGCUGUUGACCUUUAGAGAUUUUAAAAUCCAAACAGCACACCAAAAACCUAAUUUUUGGACGGUACUUACAAUUUGAUAGAGAUUGUACUCUGCGUUUUGGUAUUCACCAGUUCAAGUUAAAUGUACAGCCUACAGGGAGUGUCGCGUGUAAGAGUGAUGGAAAAAAAUCUGUGACAAAUUAUGGAUUGGGGUGAACCCCUCUUAUUCCUAAAAGGGUGCCAUAUGACUAUUUAAAAUAAUGGUUGGAAAAUGCUGCAGCGAUCUAUAUCAAACAAAAAUGUCUAAUCAUAUUAUAAUAAUAAUAAAAAGGGUGCUUAUAAAGCACACACAACCAAAGUCUCUAAACGCUAUAUUGAUGAUCCGUUCAGGUUUAAUUGCUCAAAAUGGGAGACCUAGCAAAAAAUAAAAAAAUAAAAUGAAGAAUUCACAUGAUUAUCGCAUUGCACCUGAAUGCUCGGAAUAGAAAAUAAAAAUGUUUACCAAUUAAUUAAAAGCAUUACAAUUUGUAA